AUGGCAUCCCAAGAAGAGAAAAUUCAGCUUCAAUCUCCAAAUAAAUUUCAUUUGGCUUUUGCUUUGGCAAUUGUGAAGCUGAAACCACCCAACAAAGAGCUCAAGGACUACAUCCUGGAAAUACGGAAAUUCAUUCGCAGCAACAUGCAGAUUGCCUCUCCUGGCAAGUUCUUCGACAGCGUCGCCUUCUGGCAAAAGGCAUACAAAGACUCGGAGGCAGAACAGACCAAGCUUCUCAACAAAAUCUUCGAAUUGGAGCAACGAACCCAGGGACUUCGUUCUAAGAUCAAAGAGGGCCAGACUGUACUGCAUGGUGAUUCUCAGUCGAUGAAAAGGAAAACUUCCCCUUCGGAAUCUGGGAAAAGUUCAGUGGCGACGCGGAAGAGAGCACAACUGUGCGAUUCAAAAAUACAACAGCAAAAGUUGAAGGAUAAUGAGAGCAGCGACGAGUCUGACACUUCUGAGAAUGAAAAUGCCCCAAAGCUCAUGCGGCAAAUAUACACUGUGCAGCGUGCCCUACAGAAGAAACAAAACUACAAGACUCUUACAACAGAUGCAGUCACUCUGUGUAAACUAGCAGAGUUUGAAAUUAUUGGCACGAUUAUUCGACUGAAUGAGCAUGAGCCUCAACCGAAAACUUCUCACAAUCACCGGGCUAUUUUGAAAAAUGUGGAUCUACUCAGUGCCACUAAAGCUGUUGCGCUUGCUUUUAAUCUAGCUCAGCAAGCACUGCGCAAGAUUGUGGGAUGCAAAGAUGAAAAGAACUGCAAAGGACAACUUAUCUAUUAUCUUGUGUGUUUGUUCGAGUCAACAAUGGGUUCUCUGACUCGAUAUUGUGAGACGGUGUCAUCAUAUGCUGAGAUGACAAGCCCUGUAUCUCAAGGGACAUCAAACUCCAACAAAGGCUCAUCACAGAAACAUAGAAGAGUCCAUAGCAAGAAAGUUCCGCUCAUUUUAAAGACAAGAAGUCCGAAGAUUCAAAAUGACGUCGCUCCGCAACUCGUUGACCUAUUGGUCACAAUGUUCCGGUCUCUUGACACGAAACAGAAUGAAGAUCAAGAAGUUAUGGAAGGAAUGCUGUUCAUUACAAUCGACCGAGUCGGAAAAAUCCUCGCACUUGUGACUUUCAAUAAUCACAAGCCACCUUCUGAUAUUUGUCCUGGCUUAAGCCCACCACAGGGAUUAACGGCUAUGAAUGAGGAGGGACUGACAGUGCAAAGCGUACAGUUCGAAGCUAAGCAUUUGAUUGCAUUCUUGAAUCGAGUUCUUGAUUCCUCGACCCUUGGAGCGAGUCGAGUGCAGUUGGAGUUCUUUCAAAAAAUGAAACAACGUUUUCAGAAGACACUGCUCCAGGCAGUCUUUGGCACUGGUGAUCCGUUGUUCAAAGAUGGCUUGAUUCGUCCUACGACUCCCCUUCUCUGA